UCUCAAAACCAAAACACAAGAUAUUGAACGGCAUUUUACUUCUCUCGCAUUAUACUUCUUCCCAUCAUCCCUAUUAGCAGCAAUGAAUACUCUCCUACCAAAUCUUCAGAGAAACAGCUGACUCAAUUAUUUGUUCAAGAUCCAAACCUUUAGAGGAAAUAAUGUCCAAUAAAAGCAAGACCUCCGAUGAAAAGAAAGUCAAAUCUGCCAUUGAAAUACCAGCAUCAAAACCAAUUAAUAAUACACGUUUUCGCCGCUUCUUAGUGCUUGCUUCGAUUAAACUUGCUAGAAGAAUCCCUUACUGCCAUCAUCAUGGCAUUCUUAGCAUAUCUAGAGGAAUUUGCGUUAAAUACGGCGAAUUCAGGACUUUAGCAGAAGCUUCAGCCAUGAAAUUUAUUAGAGAAAACACAUCUAUUCCGGUGCCUAAGAUUUACUGUUCUUUUGUGCACAAGGGGACGACGUAUAUUGUCAUGGAAAGGAUACGCGGAAGUCCCUUGGUCCAUGGAUGGGUACAUCGGACGCCCGAGUCAAAGGCGAAGAUACUUUCUCAGAUUCGAGAGAUGGCCGCAGAGAUGCGCAAGUUGACUCCGAAAUCGUCAAGAAUUGGUAAUGUUGACGGUGGAAUAUUAUAUGAUGGGAGAAUCGAUGGUCCGGAACGAUUUGGGCCUUUCGAAAAUACUAAUGAGUUUCACCGGUACCUGCGGUCAGAUUUUCCAGCCCAUCCACAGAAUCCGGAGGGCGUCAAUGAGCUUAUAGAAUGGCACGAUGCCUCUUGGCUCGCUCCACCUGUCUUUACACAUGGUGAUUUAAGUAGUCUCAACAUUCUCGCAGACGGUGACAGAGUGGUUGGUAUCAUUGAUUGGGAAACUGCUGGUUGGUACCCAUUCUAUUGGGAGUACACAACAGCAAUGUACGUUAAUCCAUACAAUGAGUUUUGGAAAAAGGAGAUUGAUAAGUUUUUGGAUCCACUACCUACUGCGCAAGCUAUGGAGGAGGUUCGGCAAAAAUACUGGGGAGAUUAUUGAGUUGAAAACAUCAACACUCUGCAAAAGCUCAUUUUCGAUGUUUGGCUCAUGUUAUGAUUCAUUUUAAGACCUCAUCGCAUCAUCUUAUUUCAGGAUAUCUUUACGUCAGCGAAGAUGGCGGCUAGGUUGGUAAUUGCAAGGUCAUAAAUCUCUUUGAGAUAAUUUCUAUUUGGAGGGGUUUUCUUGAUUAUUAGCAAGGAGUUUUGAGUGUUUUAUUGAUGGCUUCUCUUUGAGGGAAGAUGGAGAAUUAGUCCGACAUGGCUGUUAUAUAGCUUUUAAUUAAUUGAAUUUGACAGUCUAAUGCUUUGGGG